AUGCCAGUGGCCAGCAUGGACACCCAGGAAGCAAUGCCAAGAAGCAGCCUCGAGCUGGCUGGUCCCUCCAGCACGACCGAAACGGUGGCACCAGGCUCGACACCCCACCCACAGCUGAAGGCCGAUCAUAAGAGCGACGCCAUACCAUCCCAGGACAAGAAAAACGUGAUUGGCAAGCACAAGAAGGAUGGGAAGAAAUGUUCCAAGAAACACAAGAAGAAGAAAAAGAAAAGGGGAAAACGACCAUCAGUUCUUGAAGACACUUCUUCGUCCAGCGACUCGGACGAUGACCCGUCCGUCGAAGAUUCAUCGACUUCGGACGACGAAACAAGUAGUUCCGACGACUUGACCUCCCGCAAGGCGCGAACGCGCAGAGACAGUAGCGACGACAAGGCCAGGAAGCGGUUUACAAAGAGGGCCAAAAAGGCCGGCAAGAAGGCCAGAGGCAAAACCAAGGUUGAGGCCUCGGGCUCGGCCGGAUCCGACUCCGAAACCAAACCCAACAACGACGUUCAAGACGACGACGACAGCGAUAGUGCCGAUGACGACAAAGUAUCCCAAGACCUCACAGCUGGUCAACUCCAAAUCAUCACGGCCGCUGUCAGUCAGGUCCUGGCCCUCCAAUCUUGUUCUACGCGAGGAAAUCUCCAGGCGCCUCCAGGUUCUGGAAAUGUUGUACCGGGACGGGCGUUCUUCAACCCAUCAGUACCGAAGGGCCGCCCUUCCCAUGGAAAACUGCCUCCUCCUGGUUGCAGCUCUGCUAAUCGCACAACCAGAAAUCCGUGGGAUGCCAAGCCCCUUGGCCUGGGGCGCGUCGAUGAUAAAAAGAAACAUCCCUUCAGGACCGAAUCCGGCGUCCCGACUCGACUUGAGUACAAACGCGUCGAUCAGGUUUGGGACACCACCAUACACAACUUCAAACUUCAGUCCACUGCCGAGGGAGGCUCUGAUGCCCAGUUUGAUGGCUUUGUGUUGCAGAUUCGACGUGUGUUCGAUUUUGAGGGCAAGUACAAGUCAACCACAGUCGAUGUCAAGAGCAAACUUCUCCGGGAGUGUCUCCAGGACGUCAUUGGCAACAUCAAAGGUGUCAGCUUGGUGGACAAUACCCCACGUCUUGAUCCCAACCUCCUAUUCCUUUACCUGGACGAUCUUCGCGCGUACAGCAAGGAACUCAAGACGUCUGAGCCAUCUGGUGAAACCAAGCGAGCCCGGCAGAAGGCCCGGAAGUAUGACAAAGAAAAGAGACGCCACCUCAAAGUCCUGUUGGGAUACCUAGACAAGGACUAUGCGCAAGUCAAGAAAAGCCUCUAUCCCAUGCUAGAGAAUGGUCUCAUUACUUUUGAACUUCUUUGGGCACUAUGGAAGCCCAACACCCUUGCGUACACUGCGACGUACGGCUCAGAGGAUGAACCCCGUGUCUUCAAGGUAGAGGCUGCGGAGAAACAUACCAGCUUUGUAAAGGGUGACUUUUACUACAUCGAUGGCAAGUACUUUGAGUAUGACGGCAAGCAAUUUGGCUACGGGAGUUUCGCAGAGGAGGUCAGCGACUUUCGCGGGGCUCGCAAGAUCACGAGCCUCAAUUGUUAUCCCCUGAAGUACCACAAGAACGAGCAAAAGGUCCGAGAGCACCUCAUCUCGCGCGGCAAAAAGUUUGUCCUGCUCGGCGGUGUUCAAUACAAGUGUCAUGAGGGAAUGGCCUACUACAAGAAGAAGAAGAACACCAUCAAGAUCAACGUCAAUGGCCGAAUAAUGGUCGACCCAUCCAUCCACCGUCGCUGCAACCCCAACUAUCCGGUCCCGAGUGUCCGAGUCGAGGAUCAUGACCUCGUGUCUGAGUCUGAGUCUGACGACGACGAUGCAGAGUCUGGCUGUGGCUGCGUUUCUGAGACUGAGUCAGACCAAGGUGAAAAGAGCUGCGUCAAUGAUUCGGACAGCGACAAGACAGUCGAAUAUGUCAGAAAGGUCUACAAAGAUGAGAACGGUCAAUUACGCAUCAUGCGAGUCCCCAAGGAACUGGUGAAGGAGCAUUCCACUAUUCAAGAACUUGACGCCGUCGAGAGCAAGUCAGGUCAGGCAACGGACGCGACAGCUAGCGACGCCAAGCUCGAAUUCUCUGACGAAGAGUAUCUACUUGCUUCGCCCGUCGUUCUGGGGUUCUCCUUUGGGGAGAAAAUGUGGCUCGAGUUCAGUGUCUCUGGCGUAAAAGAUAUCAAGUGGAAUGAAGAGGCGUACGACUCGCUCGUGCUGCAAGAAAAACCCAAGGCGAUCGUCAAGGCUCUUGUAGAGACGCACAGGUAUCAUGGCGUUGAAAGUAUUGACGACGUUAUUCAGGGGAAGGGAAAGGGCCUUGUUGCCGUUCUUCAUGGACCUCCUGGCACUGGCAAGACCCUAACCGCCGAGGGCAUCAGCGAGCUUCUGAAAUGCCCGCUAUACAUGGUGUCGGCUGGCGAAUUAGGCACCGACUCGCGGUUUCUGGAAACCGAGCUUCAGAAAAUCCUCGAUAUUUGCCACGCCUGGGGUGCGAUUCUGUUGCUGGACGAAGCAGACGUUUUCCUCGAGAAGCGCAACAUGCACGACAUCCAUCGCAACGCCCUUGUCAGCAUCUUCCUCCGUCAACUCGAGUAUUUCCAGGGCAUUUUAUUCCUCACGACAAACCGUGUCGAGACAUUCGAUGAUGCAUUUCAGUCGCGCAUUCACGUUGCUCUUCGGUAUGACAAGCUCUCCGUGAAGGCAAAGCGCGCUAUCUUCCAGAUAUUUAUCGAGCGUGCACGUACCAUCGAUAAAGUGGGAGCUACUGCUUUCACUGAUGAAGACUAUGAUUACUUGACCAAGUUCGACCUCAACGGACGCCAGAUCAAGAAUACGAUCCGCACCGCACAGGCUUUGGCGACGAACAAGAUGGAGGCGCUCAGCAUGCUACAUAUCAAGGAUGUGCUAGAAGUGCAACGGUCUUUUGAGCAGGACCUCAAGGGUGGAACUGGCUACGAGGACGCCAUGAGAGCGUACCAGUAG